AUGGUGGAGGGCGAUUUGGACAGCUUGUGGCCUGACGGCCUUGUCGAUUGCACACCCGCGAAGCCCGACGAUCUGCCAGCGAUGCGCAUCGUCGACCUGAGGGCGAUGAACUUUGGCUACGGAAAGUUUGCCUACCUGCGGGAGCCACUGCCAUCGUACUGCCCGGGCGGCUUCAUGGAGCCACACCGCGACCUUCAGGGCACGGUAAUGUUCCCGUUCCAGGUCAUGUGUCCACUGAGCGAUCCAGGCGAGGACUACGAGGGUGGACGGUUUUUCGUUCAACCCGGAAAGAGGAAUGUGGAUCGCCGGCACUGCCAGGAGCUUUUCAAGGGCGAUGUUGUCGUUUUCCGCAGCGGCUUGUACCACGGUGUGGAGGAGUUGACUUCCGGGACGCGAUAUGCGAUCGCCAUGCAGUUUGCACUCUCUCAUUUGACCGAGAGCCCGUCGAAGCCCAGGCUGACACUUGGCACAGUGGGCGGGUAUUCGUAUGAGGUCGCAAUUGGUGUGCACAAAGUGCCUAAGGACAUGGGAAGAGAAGCAGGAGCGACAAAGGAGGGCGGAGGAAGAAGCCAGACCUCUGGACAGAAGAAGCUUUCGGCACCCUUCGGCAAGUUUGAGAUUUUGUACAUGGAUGAGGAGGUGGCCUGCACAAUCCUUCACAUGAGUGAGGGCUAA